GGUAAAUUGUUCCUAUAAUUGUAUAAAAGUAACAAGUCAACGUCGUUACAUAUAUUAGGUGAAAAGUAUAGGGUGUUGUCAUGAUGAUUAACGAUUAAGGCUUAAAAAUACAUAAGUAAAAGUAAGCGGGCUAAAAGUGAGAUUAUGCUAUAGUGUAGGGUCUGUUUUUGAAAUUCAUUGUCUCCCUCCUGUCUUUAACGAAGGAAGAAAGAGGAGAGACAGUUUAGAGGUUUGACUAGGAAAAAUGGCGUCAAUGGUGAUGACGGAGACGGACGAACGGAGUCCCCUACUUCAAAAUUCUUCUCACUCUGCCGGAGAGAUCACUGCUUUUGCUUCACCGUCACCGGACCAUCAUGACGGACCUUCAUCUGCUACUAGACCUACCGAUCCUAAACAGCGCCUCGUCUCUCUCGACGUUUUCCGUGGUCUCACCGUUGCCUUGAUGAUUUUGGUUGAUGACGCCGGAGGAGCUUUCCCUUCGAUAAACCAUUCUCCAUGGUUUGGCGUGACACUCGCCGACUUCGUGAUGCCUUUUUUCCUCUUUAGCGUUGGUAUCUCCGUUAGUCUUGUAUUCAAGAAAGUUUCUAGCAAACCAGCAGCCACAAAGAAGGUUGUACUCAGAACUAUCAAGCUUUUUCUCUUGGGUCUGAUUCUUCAAGGUGGAUACUUCCAUGGACGUGAUGAUCUAACUUAUGGUGUUGAUGUCAACCAGAUAAGGUGGAUGGGCGUGUUACAGAGGAUUUCAAUUGGAUAUCUGCUGGCUUCAAUAACCGAGAUAUGGUGUGUUAACAAUAACGAAGUCAAUUCAGCCAUAACAUUUGUAAAGAAAUACUACAUUCAGUGGCUGUUUGUUUUUGUACUAGGUGUGUUAUACAUGUCUUUGUUAUAUGGUCUUUACGUCCCAGAAUGGAGCUUUGAAGUAUCAGAAAAUGGGAAGGAGACUCAAAUUGUACACUGUGGGGUCAGGGGUAGUCUAGAACCUCCCUGCAAUGCAGUUGGCCUGAUUGAUCGGCUUCUCCUUGGUGAAAGCCAUCUGUAUAAACGUCCUGUAUACAAGAGAACACAGGAAUGCAGUAUCAAUUCUCCAGAUUAUGGACCCCUCCCACCAAAUGCCCCUUCUUGGUGUCUUGCUCCAUUUGAUCCAGAGGGCCUCUUAAGUUCAUUAAUGGCUGCGAUUACAUGCUUCUUGGGGUUGCAGUAUGGACAUGUUAUGGUGCAUUAUAAGGGUCAUAUGCAUAGGAUUGGUAUAUGGUUGGUGUGUUCUUCCUCUCUUCUUAUCUUGGGAUAUGUUGUAAUGGUGAUAGGUAUUCCUUUAUCCAAACCAUUAUACACAUUAAGUUACAUGUGCAUCACAGCAGGAGCAUCGGGUGUUCUCUUGAUUGCUAUUUUUUAUAUGGUUGAUGUGAUAAAAAUUCAAAAGCCCACAAAGUUGUUUCAGUGGAUGGGAAUGAAUGCUCUGAUUGUUUAUGCUUUAGCUGCUUGUGAUAUUUUUCCAGCAGCUUUACAAGGUGUUUAUUGGCGUUCCCCUGAAAACAACAUUGUUAAUGCUACAGAGUUGUUUAUUCAGGCCACACUUCAUUCUGAGAGAUGGGUUUCUGAAUGUUAUCAGUUUGAUCUUACGUGUCAUAGCUUGGAUUUUUACUGUAACGGGAUUAUGUUUUGA